AUGCAAAAUCAACUUAGAAGAUAUAUAUCGAAGAGACUCUUGCCUCAAUAAGCUGCUCUUAGAAACAUUCAACUCCUUAACUAAAGAGUUGCCACUUACUCAUAAUACACUAACUAAUCAGUAAACUUCUAAUUUGUGUAAAUUUAAUUCUUAUAGAAUCAACAGAAAUAAUAAUCAAACUUCAGCGCCUAUUUCUUGUUAUUGGGAGGAGCAGCAGCUCUUACCUACGCUGCUCAUAAUGGCUAUACUAAUUAAUUCAUGAAGAAGCAACUAGUGGAAGCUGAGGGUGAAACCAAUAUGCUUGAAAUCGAGAUCGACUUUGCCUCUGAUUUGCAAGACGGUUAAAUGAAAGACUUGAAGGUUGGUCCAAAGGAUGAAGACAAGGUCCUCAUCUCAAGAUAUCAAGGGAAACUCCACGCAGUCGGUAACUACUGCACUCACUUCGGUGCUCCACUCCAUACUGGUCAGAUGUUCGAUGAUAAGGUCAUCUGCCCAUGGCACGCAGCUGCUUUCUCCGUCGUUACUGGUGCACUUGAAGGAGCUCCAGGUCUUGAUGGACUUCCAAAAUUCGACAUCAUUGAAAGAGAUGGAAAGUUCUUCGUUUAAGUCCCAUCUAACCUUCCAAGAAGUCACACUCAACCACUUGCCAAGAGAGAUCCAAAUGAUACUAGAAGAUAUGUCAUUAUUGGAGGUGGGCCUGCUGGUUUAUUCUGUGCUGAAACUCUUAGACAAUCAAACUUUACCGGUGAAAUCACUAUUAUUUCAGAUGAUAAGAUUGUCCCUUACGAUAGAACUCUUUUAUCAAAGGUUUUAGCAACUGGAGAUGCUUCUAAAUUCAAGUUAAGAAAUGAAGAUUUCUUGGCAAAUGCAGACAUUAACGUCAGACUUGGAUCAAGAGCUGAAUCAGUAAAUGCUAAUGAGAAAACUGUAACCCUUUCAGACGGCACCAAAAUCAGCUACGACAAACUUUGCGUUGCAACUGGAGCUUCCCCUUUCAGACCCCCCAUUCCAGGUAUUAAUCUUGAGAAUGUGCUAGUUUUAAGAAACGGCAGUGACCAAGAGGCCAUCAAGCAAAGAGCUGCUAACUCAAAGAAAGUUGUCAUUUUAGGAGGUGGAUUUAUUGGAUCCGAAAGUGCUUCAGCAUUAAAACUUUAAUACAAAGAAGCUUAAGAGGUUCAUUUGGUUUACAUUGAGAGCACUCCAGUUGAGAGAGCUUUCGGCAAAGAGAUCGGAGGUUAUAUCGCUGCAGAGCAUGAGAAACAUGGAGUUAAGGUCCACCCAGGAAGAAAGGUGACUGAAAUUAGAGGAGAUGGCUAGAAUGCCAGUUCAGUUGUUCUUGAUGAUGGCACCGUCAUUGAGGCUGAUCUCGUUAUCUGCGGAGCCGGAGUUCUUCCAGCCACCAAGUUCCUCCAAGGAUCAGGAGUCCAACUUGACGAGAGAGGUGGAAUUAUUACUAACCCAUUCCUCCAAACAAGCAACAAAGACAUCUUUGCUGCAGGAGAUAAUGCUUCAUAUCCAUACUGGGUGACUGGAAAGCAUCAAAGAGUUGAGCAUUACAUUAACGCCAUGGAUCAAGGUUCAUAUGCUGCUUUCAACAUGCUCGGGAAGCUAGUCCCAUUCUCAGGAGUUCCUUUCUUCUGGACCAGACACUACAAUAAAUCCAUUCAAUAUGCUGGUUAUGCUGCUGAAUUUGAUGAAGUUCACAUCCAAGGAAGCCUUGCUGACAGCAAAUUUGUUGCCUUUUACAUUAAGGACAACAAAGUUAGAGCUGUUGCUGGAUAAAUGCAAUCUGCUGCUGUUUUAACUUACUACGAGGCUAUGAACUAAAACGUUAUGCCAACUGCUGAUCUUAUUAAAUCAGGUGCUGAAAAUGUUGACUCAGUUAAGGCUAAGCUCAAGCAAAACAAAGGUGCCGGCAAGUGCAAAAGAGAGCACUGCUGUUCAAAGAAGCCAGUUGCAACUGCUUGA